AUAUAUUUUAUGUUACACAAUAAACUCAGUUUUUUUCUCCAAGCUGUAACUGAAUACCCAUAUGUUAUUUUUUUUCUUCAUGUACAUUCACAUUAGUGUACAAUGUCUAAAUGUAAUAUUCGUUUUCAUUUAGACAUUGGAAAGGAAAUGUUUUUCUUAAAGGCUAUUUUAUCAAGUGAAAUAUUCAAUUUCUGCGCACGGGACGAGGAAUAAGUUUUGGGUUUAUUGAAAUAUGCAGUAAAUAUUUGUAAUUCGUAGUCCUUCUGUCUAUGUAAACAACAAUGUACCUGUUCAUGACUGCUGCUGAUAUAUAUUGGUACCAGGUGUUAUGCUACAAAUCUGCGAUUUUUGUUGUCGCAUUUUUGGCUUUGAACUUCUUUGUAGCCUAACUUUUCGCCACCCCUACAGCCUUGGAAUUAGGAAGUUUCCUCCGGUGUCCACUCGCGCUGUCAGUGACGUAGUGCCCUGCAGUGUGAAAACGUCCAGUUACCUCUCCGAACGUUAUGGGCUGCGAUAUCUCGUGCGCACGGCCGUCUAUAGACCAAUAAACAAAGACCUAGGGUUUAUGGUUGUGGCAUUCCGUCGUGGUCCGGUUCGGCGCAUCCUUUGAGCGUCUGUGGAAUCCCGACCUAAUUACGACACAUCCUCCCCGUUGCCGCAGCAACCGGGCCAUAAAGGCCGCCUGUGUCUGGGGCGUUUGCAAGAUUGGAGCGCGGUGCAAUAAACCGUCUGAGAACCAAGGUUAUUAACUGUUGCUAAGAAUACGACAACAACAGCAGCAGCAGCAGCGAUUGAAAACCCGAUGCGUGCGGAUCGUUGCGGCUUCAUUCGUUAACUUCAGGCGUCCUGCAUUGGCUCCGGUGUUUGCCAGUCUUCCUCCCACUGAGGUUUCUCCACUGGGCGGCGCUCUUUCGAUCAAUGUCAUUGUCGAGGGAAGGGAAACGCCAACAGGAUCCCACCCGAAACCUCCGCGACUCGCUGUUUGCCUUUUUUGCCUCAAACGCGCGUACAGACCGAGAUGGAUAUGACCCCGUGUUGUUACGUGGCUCGGGAGGGGCGGAGUCUUCUUUCUUCAGAAGUUUCAAUUGGUUUUCUGUUUUCACAGUGUAGUGGGGGUAUCGCUAAUCAUAUUCGGCAUGUUUUGCACAAGAAAUGUCAGCCAGAAAGAGCUAUCUUCUCCCUUCGCCAAAUUACACCACAACAAUGUCAUGCUCCGGCAGCCCUCCAGGAAACUCAUUUUUGGUGGACUCCUUGAUCAGCGUCAGAGGCGAAAGCUGCGGACCCUACUAUCAGGGUAGCAGCGCGUGCGUGCCGCCCGCCUCCGAGCUGCCCUACGGACUACCAAACUGUGGAUUUUUUCCAGGACUGGGGAAACGCAACGAGCCCAGCUCUCAAAACAUGGUCCCCGCGUCCAGCCCCUACAUGCCCGUGACGGAUACAUGGCUGGACGCCUCGAGGUCGUGCCGCGUGAACCAGCCGGCCGUGAGCCAGCACGUCACCCCAUGCUUCUCUCCGAACAUUAAAGAGGAGAACGCUUACUGUGUCUACGAGUCGCAGAAGUGUCCCAAACCGUCAGCCGCAGAAGACCUCUCCUAUACCAGGUUGACUUCAGCCGCGGGCUCAGUCAGUGACAGCGUCAAUGUCCCCAUGCCUGGCUACUUCCGCCUGUCUCAAACCCACGCGCACACUAAGGUUUAUCACGGCGUUCAGUCCAACCUGCCCCACUUUGACCCGCAGCCCCCGGUUCGCUUUGACACCCCGCCUUCAUCAUCCUCUACCUCGGCGGAGAUGGCCCGGAAGGGGAGCGAGGAGGCGUCUUCACUGAGCGCCGCGCGCGCGCCUCGGAGAGAGGAGACACGAGCUUCGUCGGCAGACGAGUCAUCUGGUCCGGAGGCCCCAGACGCGUACAAGGACAGCCCGGGGACCGGCAGUAAAGGAAAUUCAAAAAGUGAAAAUGCAGCCAACUGGCUGACAGCGAAAAGCGGGCGGAAGAAACGGUGCCCCUACACCAAGCACCAGACCCUCGAGCUAGAGAAGGAGUUCCUCUUCAACAUGUACCUGACUCGCGAGCGUCGCCUAGAGAUCAGUCGUAACGUCCACCUGACGGACAGACAAGUCAAAAUCUGGUUCCAGAACCGCCGUAUGAAACUGAAGAAAAUGAAUCGCGAAAACAGAAUUCGGGAGCUUACUGCAAAUUACAGUUUUUCGUGAUUCAAAUUUUAUUUGAGCUGUCUGAAUUCGACACCUUCCACAGUCAAGUUUGCGUGAGGCACAUCCGGUUUUAAGGAUGCCCCCAUGUUUGCAUAUCUGUGUAAGAUACUGUUUAUUCGUGGGUGUUUCUUUCAUGAAUAGUUUCAUGUUGGUGGUUUUCCCCCCCUCAAUCGUCCUUGAUUUGUCCAUUUUGAUUUGCAUUUCUUUUCUCUUGUCUGUUGCAUCACGAUGUUUUUUUUGUUUUAUUUUAUUUUAUUUUUUAUCGGACGGACGGGGAAAAGCAAACUGAUGUGAACAAAGCUUGAAAGAGCAAAUUAAUAUUAAUCCUUCGAAGUAGGAAUUUGGGUGUAUGGAUUUCGACGUUUAUUGUAGCCUAUUGAUGGACUGGCCCAAAUUCUAUUUAGUGAGAGCUGUGCAUGUUUUUUUUUAAAACCAAACACUUUCUGAAAAAUUAGCUUUUUAAAGCAUUUGCCAAUGUGAAAAAAAAUGAUGUAAAUUAUGAUCUUCGCAAAUAAUAAAUCCUCUCAAGGACUGAAUGGACUUCUAGUCCUUAUCCGAAAGCUGGUGUAGAUAUUCCUGUAAAACCCGAUUGUAUAUAUAUAAUAUAAUAUAUAAUAUAUAUUUUAAUAUCUGUUCGCUUUCAGGAGAUAUGUGUUUUAUUCAAUAAAGGGAAAAAUAAGAAUUUCAUUCUUAAUUGGCAUUUUGGUUUGGAGCAGAUGGCAGAUGUGUAACGGGAGAAUUAUAUUGGGUCACUGUGAAAAACAAAAAACUUUUUUUAUUAUAUAUAUAUAUAUAUAUAUAUAAAUAUAUAUAUAUAUAUAAAAUGAACUUAUUGUGUAAAUACAGUUUCAAAUGUUUCAUCGAGUGGUGUUCUGUGUGUUCCGUUAUUAAUAAAUUGUCGGCACAAAACAUACACAAAACAACAUUUUUUGUGGAAAUGUUUUCGUUUGUGUGUGUGCGUAUGUGCGGGCAAUGGGCUUGUUACAGCGUUAUUAAAGUAUGUUAAACCUUUUUUUCUGCUGGUUUUAAUUGAAAUUAGUCUGUCUUGUGUCGUCUUCCUUACCGCUGAUGUUGUAACCCAUUUAAAUAUUACCUAGACGGCCAUAAUCCGUGUGGAACCAGUAUUCCAAGAGGUUUGCCGGCAUUCGUGGAGUUUUAUGACUGGCUCGUAUAUGUGGAUUGUCCUUUUCCUGUACACGAGGCCGCAGUUCAGUACAGGCUUCCCGGGCGGAGAGGACGCAGACGCAACUACGUUCGAGCAGGAGACCCGUGUUCGAUCCGCCGCGAGGACGCCGAGACCACAAACCCUCCAACCGCGGCUGUAAAUUCGCCAAAGAACCGGCCUACGGUGCAGGAUGACCCGAAGCGUUUCUGAAGACGGCUGGUGUCAAUAUACAUU